CGCAGUGACACUUCACCCCCACACCCCUCCCCACAACCCCCCCCCCCACACCGGGCUCCGGCAUUAAGCCCGGGGUUCGCAGCAGCAGCCGGGAGCGGGCACCCGGGGGCGGGUGGGCACCGUGGGGCCAUGGCUGAGGGUGAGGAGAUGCAGACCUUCACUUCCAUCAUGGAUGCACUGGUCCGCAUCAGUACAAGCAUGAAGAACAUGGAGAAGGAACUGCUCUGCCCUGUGUGUCAAGAAAUGUAUAAGCAGCCACUGGUGCUGCCUUGUACCCACAAUGUGUGCCAGGCCUGUGCCAGAGAAGUGUUGGGCCAGCAGGGCUAUAUAGGCCAUGGUGGGGACCCCAGCUCAGAGCCUACCUCUCCUGCCUCCACCCCUUCCACCCGCAGCCCUCGCCUCUCCAGAAGAACUCUCCCCAAGCCAGAUCGCUUGGACAGGCUGCUUAAGUCAGGCUUUGGGACAUACCCCGGACGGAAACGAGGUGCUUUGCACCCCCAGGUGAUUGUGUUUCCGUGCCCAGCCUGCCAGGGUGAUGUGGAGCUGGGGGAACGGGGCCUGGCAGGGCUUUUCCGGAACCUGACCCUAGAGCGUGUGGUGGAGCGGUACCGCCAGAGUGUGAGUGUGGGAGGUGCCAUCUUGUGCCAGCUGUGCAAGCCCCCACCACUCGAGGCCACCAAGGGCUGCACAGAGUGCCGUGCCACCUUCUGCAAUGAGUGCUUCAAGCUCUUCCACCCCUGGGGUACUCAGAAGGCCCAGCAUGAACCCACCCUGCCCACCCUCUCCUUCCGCCCAAAGGGCCUGAUGUGCCCAGACCACAAGGAAGAAGUGACCCACUACUGUAAGACAUGUCAACGGCUCGUAUGCCAACUCUGCCGGGUCCGGCGUACCCACAGCGGGCACAAGAUCACGCCAGUGCUCAAUGCUUACCAGGCCCUCAAGGACAAGCUGACAAAGAGCCUGACAUACAUCCUGGGAAACCAGGACACAGUACAGACCCAGAUCUGUGAGCUGGAGGAGACCGUCAGGCACACUGAGGUGAGUGGUCAGCAGGCAAAGGAAGAGGUGUCACAGCUGGUACGGAGUCUGGGGGCUGUGCUGGAGGAGAAGCGAGCCUCUCUGCUUCAGGCCAUCGAGGAGUGCCAACAGGAUCGGCUUGCCCGGCUCAGUGCCCAGAUCCAGGAACACCGGAGCCUGCUGGACGGCUCAGGUCUGGUGGGCUAUGCCCAGGAAGUACUUAAGGAAACAGACCAACCUUGUUUCGUGCAGGCGGCCAAGCAGCUGCACAACAGGAUUGCCCGAGCCACUGAAGCCCUGCAAACGUUCCGGCCAGCUGCCAGCUCCUCCUUCCGCCAUUGCCAGCUGGAUGUGGGGCGUGAGCUGAAGCUGCUGACAGAGCUUAACUUCCUGCGAGUGCCCGAGGCGCCGGUCAUUGACACCCAGCGAACCUUUGCCUACGAUCAGAUCUUCUUGUGCUGGCGCCUGCCCCCCCACUCACCACCUGCCUGGCACUACACUGUUGAGUUCCGGCGCACGGAUGUGCCUGCCCAGCCCGGUCCGGCCCGCUGGCAGCGGCGGGAGGAGGUGAGGGGCACCAGUGCCCUGCUGGAGAACCCUGACACGGGCUCUGUGUAUGUGCUGCGUGUUCGCGGCUGCAACAAGGCUGGCUACGGCGAGUACAGUGAGGAUGUGCACCUGCAUACGCCCCCUGCGCCUGUCCUGCACUUCUUCCUCGAUGGCCGCUGGGGUGCAAGCCGAGAGCGGCUGGCCAUCAGCAAGGACCAGCGAGCAGUGCGGAGUGUUCCAGGGCUGCCCCUGCUGCUGGCUGCUGACCGGCUGCUGACCGGCUGUCACCUCAGUGUGGACGUGGUCUUGGGCGACGUAGCUGUGACCCAGGGCCGCAGUUACUGGGCCUGUGCUGUAGACCCCGCCUCCUACUUGGUCAAGGUGGGCGUCGGGCUGGAGAGCAAGCUUCAGGAAAGCUUCCAGGGUGCCCCUGAUGUGAUCAGCCCCAGGUACGACCCGGACAGCGGGCAUGACAGCGGUGCUGAGGAUGCCACAGUCGAGGCGUCACCACCCUUUGCUUUCCUAACCAUCGGCAUGGGCAAGAUCUUGCUGGGAUCGGGAGCAAGCUCCGGCGCAGGGCUGACUGGGAGGGAUGGCCCGGCCGCCAGCUGCACCGUGCCCCUGCCACCCCGACUGGGCAUCUGCUUGGACUAUGAGCGGGGCCGAGUUUCCUUUCUGGAUGCUGUGUCCUUCCGUGGGCUCCUGGAGUGCCCCCUGGACUGCUCAGGGCCUGUGUGCCCCGCCUUCUGCUUCAUCGGGGGUGGUGCAGUACAGCUACAGGAGCCCGUGGGCACCAAGCCGGAGAGGAAGGUGACCAUCGGAGGCUUUGCCAAGCUGGACUGAUCCUUUCAGAUUCCAUUUCUAGACUUGGGGUCUCACUGGGCACCGCCCCUCCCCUAAGCUUCCUGGCACUACUGGGUUGUUCCCCCGGCAGCUUCUCCCUCAAACUCUUCCAAAUCUGUGGUCCUGCCCCAUCUCCUCGGUCUGUGUCUUCCCAGGGUUUCCGCUUCCCAAGAGGCUCUCAUCUGCUCCCCUCCGAAUGUCCUCCAUUCUUUCCACUGCCUGUUUGCCCAGGCCCCCAUGCCCACCUAGUCUCUGCCCCAUGCCCUGCCUUGGGUGCCAUACCCAGACCACAGAGAGCCCCUUUCCCAGUCCCUGCCCUGUGCCCCUGAGGCUGAUUGGGGGGCAUGGCUCCUGGAACAUUGGUCAUGAUUACCAGCUCUGUCCUUUGCCACGCCAAGGUCCCUUGUCCCAUUGAUACUGCACUACAUACAGCUUUGGGGCAGGCAGGCUUUGGGCCUCCCUAGUAAGGGGGAAGGACCCUAUCCUGCUUUAUUUAUUUGGGUCCUCAUACCCCCUGGCCGCAUGUCCUUUAUGUCCCUCUUCUGCCUUUUGCAUGCUUUACCUGUCCUGCACCCAUGCCAACAUGCCAAGUCUCCCUUGGGACUCAGCUGAGGCGGGGUGUCUCCAUUGGAUUGGGCCAGGCAAGGCCUCUGGUGCCUGCUGCCGCCUCCUUGUGGCAGCCCUCACUAGGCCUGUGUUGAGCAACAGCUGUACUUGUCAUGGUUUAUAAACAAUAAACUGUGAUGCCAGGCACA